AUGGCUUGCAAUUCCCAUAAGCCAGAGUUCCGAUGCAUCAUGUAUUACACUGGCCAGCAUCCCGUUGCUCCUCCUCUGGAGGAGCUCACCCCUCUCACCCAUGUUGCAGUAGCCUUCAUGAGCCCCGGCGUUUUCAACGAUCCUGGGCGCAAAGAAUGGCCACUAUUUACCACCGUGGACGAGGUUCGAUCAAAGUUCCCCAACGGAACGAAGAUCAUGGUUGCCAUUGGUGGCUGGGGAGACACGGCUGGUUUCUCUGCCGCUGCCCAGACGGAUGCAACUCGCAAGACCUUUGCCGAAAAUCUGGCCAAGAUGGUUGCGGCCACCGGUGCAGACGGCGUUGACAUUGACUGGGAGUAUCCAGGUGGCAACGGUGAAGAUUAUAAGCAACUUCCAAACGACCAGAAGUCUUGGGAGAUCGAGGCAUACCCACUCCUCCUGGCCGAAGUCCGCCGUGCUCUUGGCCCGCAGAAGGUCAUUUCGGCCGCUGUGCCCGGCCUGAAGCGCGACAUGCUUGCUUUUACACAUCAGACGGUUCCCCGCAUUAUGCGCUACGUCGAUUUUCUCAACGUUAUGACAUACGACUUGAUGAAUCGUCGUGACAACGUCACUAAGCACCAUACUGGAGUGAAGUUGAGCCUCGAAGCUGUCGAUGCCUACAUAGCUGCCGGUGCAGCUCCAGAAAGACUAAACCUCGGCUUUGCAUUCUAUGUCAGGUGGUUUAAGACGGAGCAUGAAGCCUGUGCCAAAGCCUCGCCAAUCGGCUGCCCUACGCCGCAGCUCGAGGAUCCCCAGACUGGUGCUGAUCUUGGCCGCGGCGGCGCCUUUGCUUGGCAUGAUCCGGUGCCUGCAAAUCUCGUCGACUCUUUCUCACGUGCGCUUAGGCAAGGCACAUAUGAUGAGGAGGACGGUGGAUAUUACUACUGGGAUCCUUCUGAAGAUAUAUGGUGGACAUUUGACACAGUGGAUGCCAUCAAGCGCAAGUUUCCUGCAAUUCUGAAAAGGAGAGACCUGGGGGGAGUGUUUGCUUGGGCUCUUGGUGAAGAUGCACCUCGCUUUGAGCACUUUUCUGCACUUAAAUAUGGACUUAAAGAUUUCUUGAAGGAGAAGGAGGAGCUAUGA